UCCACGGCGAGUUACGUAUCGGACAAGGCAAAGGAAGGAGUGAAGAAAGCAACCGACGCAGCUAUCAAUGCCGGAGAUAACAUGAAGGAUACGAUGGAAGGCGCGUGGAAAGCAGCCAAGGAAACAGGUCAAAACAUUAGCGAUGCGGUUGCGGGCGAUGAUGAUGAUGAUCACGGCAGGAUUCAAGAGGAUAAGGUGGCAGUGGAGUUGAAGGAUGUGCAACAGACUGUUGAUACGACGGAGUACAGGGGUGUGGAGGAUCUACAUCAGCAAACUGGCGGCGAAGUUAA